CAAGGAUAAAGUAUGUGCAUGAGAAGUCAUGGUAUUUAUUAAAUUACUGAGUGACAGCUAUGGCAGGGGACGUGCCACCAUUAGAUCUGUAUGGCAGUGGUUAUGAGGCUCCACUGUCACUAUGGAAGCUUGUGGAACAACAUGUUCCAGAGCAUGAGCGGGAGGAAGUAAGAAACCUUCUGGGGGAGUCGCUUAUCGACCAGAGUUUGGAACUGCACGAAGAGGUUGACACACUUCUUGAAAUCUGGCGUGAUUACAGGGAAGAAACAGAUCUUGAAAUCGCCCAGCCCACUCGACUUCCUGAACCACCAGAACUAAGAGAGAGACUGGUCCAAGAAAUCUCCUUUUUCACCACCAGCAUCAAGGAAAAAGCCAAAAACCAGGGAAUUGAUCCUGAAAAACUUCUAUCAAGUCACAACAGUGAAAUUAUAGAGUAUGCACAAGAGAUAAGUCUUCCAAGCACAGAGAGAUCUUUCUCUCGCCUCCAGACAUCACGGUCCAAAGAUGGAUUUGAGACGCCAAGAGUCGGGACACCUGAUAGGUUGUCCACAAAUUCCAGUAUUAGUGAAAGUGUGGAGUCAAUGUCUGAUAAACUAAAUAUGCUGCAUUUUGAUGAAGUUCUUCAACAUCUAAGAUCAACACUACAAGAAGAAGUGAACCUGUUACUGGAAGACAUUAACUUUCUUCAGCAGUGUCUGGAUGACGAAGCUUCCUUCCGUGCUGGUGGAGGACUCACACUGACAAGGGAGCCAACUCUUACUGAAUUAAAAGAAGAGCGUUCUUCUCUGGAGAAAGAAUUGUUGUCUGGUGAACCUGUUCCUGUGAAACCACCUGGAAAAAGGCCAAUGUUCACUCCCUCGAGACUCAGAAAUAUUCCUCCCAAACCGUCCUUUGGAUCACAGCUUCGUCCACCGAGCCAUUCCACUUCUGCUUCCUCUUCUUCCAGCCAGAGAAGUCCGCUGAAAGCUUCUCAUGAACUAAGACCCACUGUUCCGACUUUACCACCAGCUGACAAAACGACUAGUCUACUGUAUUCACCAAGCAGGUACGAGAGGAAGGAACAAAAUUCACCCACUGGAAGCAUUUCCAGCACAACGUCUAAGGUUUCUCUUCAGGAUAUUGGACUCUUUGAUAGGCAGCCAGCCAAUCGAAAAAGGACAUUAAGUCCAGGAAAAAUAAAAGUAGUUCCGGUAGACAGUAUUAUUGAUUCUGGCAGACGAGAGAGUGACUGUAAUUCCAUGUUGACCCGUUCACCUCCUUCCACUGGGAGAAGGACGGACAGACUGAGUUCAGCUGAUAGGUUUAGGAGUAUGGUACUGAAAAACAGAGAGCAGCCAGCUUAAUAUUUUUGGUAUUAACAUUUUGUUUUUUGUGUGGAAAUAUUGGCUACUAAAAAUAUCUUGUAUUCCCAGAAGAUAUCCAGUCAUCUGAUAAGUAGAACAUAGACAGAAAUUCAUCUGGACUUGCCAUUGUAGUUUUUCUGCCUGAAGGAUUAUAGCAGUGACAAUCAAAAAAAAGAGAUUUAAAAAAAGAGUGUGACAAUAGAUUAUUAUAAUUGAUAUUAAAUUAAGUUUGUUUGAAGCCCAGAAAUCACAAGAUUUCUUAAAGCAGUGGAGCCAUAAUUACUGCUUACUAAUUAGUUUGUUCAAAUUUAUUUUCUUCACUGAUUAACGAGCUGUAAUAAUCGUACCUUAUUAGAAGUCAGGAAAGAGACAUGGUAACUUAAGGAAGCCUUCUCCCUGUGGGAUGUGUAGUGAAUAUUAACAAUUAAAUAAUUUACAUGGAUAUAACUUAACAGUUAUUUUCCUCAAAAGUAUCGUAACGUUCCAUAUCCACUAUAUAUGUAGUAUUAAUAAAUAAUAUAUUUGCUGUAUAUACCAGUAACCACAUUUUUUUCUCUCAAUAUUUUAAGUGUGGGGGGUAUUGAAAUUCCAGUUUACAGAGUGUCCGGUCUUGACAGGUUUCACUGUAUAUGUAUUAUUAAUAAUAAAUCUACAUGUUGCAUUAAACCACAAUAAAUCACAUUGAUAUUUUUGUUUGAGGAUAAUACAGAUUGUCUUGCCUUAAAACCAAAGUGCUACAUAUAAAAUCAGGAAUUUAAUAUUGUGGCCACUCUCAAAAUUGUAAUUCAGCUGAAAUGUCAACCGAUUCAGAUGUCUUCAAUCAACUACAAUGUACAUCACAAUGGUAUGAUGAUACUGUGUGAGUUAAUAUAGCAUCUGAUCGAUAGAAAGACAAUUUAAUUUGUUAUUGCUUUUGAUAUAUCAAUCAUUAUAACUGUACAAUCAAAAACAUAAAUUUAUUCAUGAUUCUUUUUUAAUGUUUUAAAAUUUGAGUUACAAUGGCCCUGUCCUUCAUAUCAAAAUGUAUCAUUGAGAUGGAGAGCUAGUGAAGUUUAAUCCUCUGAAGGAAUACUGGUUGGAGCAGGCAAAUUCCCAUGGGGACACUUUAUCACCAAAAUAGAUCUAGUGUGACAGAUCCUAUUUUACAAGAAAUGAUGUGUAUGUGGUGUUUAACAUUUCGCUGAACUAAAUUUAGCAAUAAUUGUUUGAAUUCGGUACAUUCCAAUUUCAGUAAAGUUAAUGAAGUUGUUUUUUGAUAGAUAUUGUGUAUCUUGUAACAUCGUAUUGAUGUUCAACAUGAAUGAAUCAGGGCUCAUGCUAAAAAGAAUUUUUGUUUUAGCCAAUUUGUGGAUAUAUGAAGUAUUAUGUAUUUUCUUCAAAAUUAUCUUAAAAUUGGCUAAUUAAAACCAAAUUUUAUUAGCCAAAUACCAAAUGUUGUUGCCACUUUGUAUAAAAAUAAGCAGUUGGCUAAUUUGAUGAUGGAUAGGGUGAGCCUUGCUGAAUUUCUAUUAUUUUGUUUUAAACAUAAGUGAUGCAGUGCAUAUAUAGUUGCUGUGAUACAUGAAAACAUGUUAUUUAUUGUUGUUGUUGUUGUUGUUUGUUGUUGUGGAGAACAUUAUGAUCUGAACAGUCUGUCAUUUGGACAUUGUAUACCCUAAAUGGAAAGGUGUCUACAAUGAUUAACAUGUAUUUUAAAUUAUUAUACAUAUAUAAUAUAUAUGUACGUUUGUUUGCUCUAGAUUGACACUAAUUUGUAUGUACCGUAUAUCUUGUUUAUUACAGGGUUAUUGAAUCUUUUCACAGUUAUUCAUCUUUAUUUUGAAAUAUUAUUUCUUGAGAAUAGUUGAUCCCUACAAUCUCUGAAUGUGAAAAUAUGUUACGUUAUAUUAUAUAAGUGUUAAAAGCAGAUUUUGUUUCUAUUUUUCCUCAAAAAGGUGGGUUUUUAUUUUUUUUAUGUUUUGGUUUUGUAAAAUUUAGUUUACUGUGUAAAAAUAAUAAAAUUAUUACUGUGAAAUUGUCAUCUGAAAACACAGAAAUGAAUAUAUUCAUUUUGUUUCUAUUUUUACACUAUUAACCAUUCCAGUAUAUUUGUUUACCUUUGUUACAUUGUUUGCCACGGUGGGGGUGGAGGGGUGGGGCAGUAACAAACGAAUGAGGCAGAGUAAUAUAAUAAAAAUGCACUUGGGUAUUUUUUAACAUGCUCCCAGUCCUCCCUAGGAUUUGGCCCAGGUUAAUUAAAAAAUGAAAGAUUAUAUUAUAUAUAAUAUUAUAGAAAAAGUUCUUUGAAUUUUGUUACUUGUGUCAAUGGGUUUAUCUCACAUGUCAUCUUGUGGGAAUGAUUUAUGUAUUGGUUGUUCAAAACAUGAAUAAACAAAUAUAAUGUAUAAUUUAAACAUGAGUUUUAUGUGCAGUAAAACAAACAACUUUAUGUUCAUGUCAUCAAGAGUUUGAAUUCUUAUGAAGAAACAGUGGUAAUAGUCUGCUGACUCUGCCCCAAAUUAUUUAUUUAUUUAUUUAUUUUAAUUAUAUAAUCAAACAUAAUGGUUGCAUUCAUCUGAUAAUUUGCAGAACUUGUAUUCACAUAGCCACUGCUUUUUGUAACCUCAAAAUAUGGUCAUGUAUUUCAUUAAGCAUAAUAUAUAGGUCUGAAUUUG